AGGCUCAUAGAAGGCCUAUAGUUUUGAAGUAUGGUAUGAAUCAAAGUAUGAAUGGAGAAAACACAGUGUUGCUAAAGAUUAUCUGUGUAUCAAACUGGAUAGAACAUCUCUGUUAGCUUAUAGCCUGCUUACAGCACCUCAUACCAUGAAUGUAAACAUAUUAUUUACAGUAAUUUGCCAGGGAUCAAUUUACACAAGUAUAUUCAAUGUUAUAAAGUGCGUAUAGGGUUGGUUUCCCGGACACAGAUUAACCCUAGUCCUGGAUUAAAUAGCAUGGUCAAUGGAGAGCUGUGACAUCAGGAUGGAUGUCACAUUGUCGUCUAGUGAUUUCCAUUGGCAAAGGUUGACCAAUCCAAAGCUAGAAUAAUGGAAAAGGGUUACAACAAUGACACUGGAACUUAGAAGACAGAUGCCUGAUGACCUGUAUGGUCUGUCUGGAGUAAUUUACAGGAUAGCGUGUUUGAGUGAGUUGGACAGACAGCUCAAGGUGAAUACUUUCCAAGGCAGAGAAAAAGGGAUCCACUGACAUAACCAUAGAAAUAGAAUGACUAGAAUGGAUAAUCCCCUCAGACCACAGCAAUUUGAUAGCACCCUCAUGGAUACACCCAAUCUGGCUCAAUGAAUGGGCCAUGUCUGUUCUAGUGAUUCUAUUUAUACGGACACAACACUAUCCACUAUGCUCUGGCACCUAACCUUGUGACACUAGAGGGCCAGGUGCCUGUGUCUUAAAUCACUCUGCUGCUCCAGAGGUAUGGUAUGUAUGAGACAGGCCAUUCUAUAAACAGAGGAAGAGAGACACAUGCAGACAGACACAAGAGAUGGACGUGAAUGAGAGUAGUCUCUACUGAUUUAAGACUAACUGACACAGGACUAAAAGUCUUUGGCUUAUUACAACUUCACUUGGCAGCAUCAUUAGCCGAGCUCUUCGUCAUUGGUAUAACUGAUCAUCUCCCUUAGAGUAAGACCAUGGAGAUGAAGACCCAGGCUCAGGUGUGUGCUACUGUGCUUCAAAAGAGGGAAUUUGGUGGGAUCCAUCUUGGCUCUUUUUUUUGUUAUUCUGAAACCUUCUCUCUCCAGGAGAUGCUGUUGAAGCACCAGGAAUGUCUGAAGAGGCAAAGAGAAGCGGUGAAGUUCCGAAUGAAGAAAUUAAGCACAAAGCAAACUGAAAUCACUAAAAAGUCAUCAGCAAUGAGGGAGAGUAUAAGGAAGAAGUAUGAGGACAUCCAGAGGGUUCUGGAUGAGGACCUGGGGAUGACUCUAACCCACCUGGAGAUGGAGGAGAGAGCUGCAGUCACAGCCCUGGAGGACCUGAUGGAGAAGAACUGCACCAUCAUUCAGGAGAUAGAGCAGGAUCUGGCCAGGCUCACAGCUGAGCUGGCCCAGAAGGACUUUCUACUGCCUUAUUCACUGGACACUGAGAUAGUUGGCAGAGUGAUAGAUCUGCUGAGCAGGACAGAUCCCAGCAAAGUGAACUUGGAUGAGCCUAAAGCUGACCAGAUCCUCAGCCUCACCAACAACAUGCUGCUACUCAUACGCUCCCAGACCCCCAUCACCAAGAGACUCAUCAAGAGCUAUUCCACAGAGGUUUCCCUGGACCCAGAGACAGCGCACCCUAAGCUGAUAAUUUCCCCACGCGGUGACAGUGCCACCUACACAGACACCUGGCAGGAACUACCAGAGCUCCCGGGCCGCUUUGACACCACCCUCAACGUGAUCAGCCUGCAGGGUUUCAGCUCUGGGCGUCACUACUGGGAGAUAGAUGUGGCUGGUAAGACGUACUGGGAGCUGGGCCUCACCUACCCCACCAUCUCCCGCAAGGGCAGAGCUGAGGACUGUUGGCUGGGCCGUGGCUCUGACUCCUGGGCUGUGGAGUUCUUUGAUGGGGAGUACACAGCCUGGCACAGUGGGGUGCCCCACCAGCUGCCUGUCACAAAACACUUCAGCCGUAUUGGGGUGCUAUGUAGUUUCCCAGGGGGCCUGGUGUCUUUCCUGGGGGCGGACAGCAUGACCCCUCUGUUCUCAUUCUGCGCAGGGGCUUUCAGGGACUGUCUCCACCUGGCGUUGUGCUCAGGUCACGAUCACAAUGGUACAAACACCAAACCCAUUGUGAUCUGUAACGCACCUCCUAGUGCUUUCCAGAAUGCCCAGGAAUGCUGACUCUGCUUCUUAUGAUGCUCCUACUGACUCUUAAAGGCUUUAUCAUUGGAUCAUCAGCAUUUAGUCAGCGAUGUUAUUUGACAAUUUCUCAUGUUGCUGCUCUUUUAUCUAUACAAGUACUUAAAUAUGCAUUAUGUAAUCUAUUAAUGACUGGAUUUAAGGUGCUGUUUCGAGGUAGAAGGGGAGGAUCAAGAUCCUUUUAAAUGUAUUGUGGUUCCAGUUUUAGAGAAGUCCAUAUCGUUCUAACCAAAGUAUUAGUGGUUUUAGCUAUCAAAUAAAUAUAUAUAUAUAUAUAUAUAUAUAUAUAUAUUGCUGCUCUGUAAACCAGACAGGGCCACAGAAGGAAGAUUUGCCGUAAAAUAAACUUCAUGCCCCUGGAGAGUAGCCUACACAGCUAACAUGUGAUGUGAAUCCAAAGUCUACACUCAAACAAAAAACAAUCUCUCUUUGUAAAUAGGAUCUCUGAGCUCUAAUGGUAAUAUCCAAUAGUAAAUGACUAGUCCUAUGUGCUAACUAUAUUUUCACAAACAAUCUAGGUCAGUGUUGCCUGAAUUGAUGAAUCACUUACUGUUAGAGUUGCAGAUAAUGUGUAUGUUUGUUUAUUAUAUGUGUUUUAAGGUAAGCUCUCUUUAAAUGAAAAAAAAAACUCUGACACCUCUGACACCCCCUUAGUCAAUAGAACGGUAGUGAGCGGUGAGAGACCUAGAUGCCAAAGCACUCUGUGCAUACAAAGGUUAGUCUUCCCACACAAAUGGUUGGGAAAUGAUGUGGGUGAUCUGACAGAAUUACUCUUCUAGCCGCACACAAUCACUGCCAUCAUGAACUCCAAGCCUCUUUUCUUCUGCCUCUUCCUUGUAUUGCUAAUUCUACCUGUUCAAGUAGG